AUGCGUAACUUAAUGUAUCACUGCAUUUAUCAUCAAAAUAAACCCAGCAAACCCGCGCUCGCCCCGCCCGCCAGGGGACGGGCCCGCGCAUGCGCACAGCCGCGGCCUGCAGCUGCAGCGGCGGCCGGCCCUCCGUCGGCGCUGGCGGCGGAGGAGGAGGAGCCGGGCGGCGGCGGGCGCGCCCGGGGGGGGCUGUGCCUGCUGUGCGGGCUGCCGGCCGCCGGCAAGUCCACGCUGGGUCGCGCUCUGCGCCGCCGCCUGCCGCGGCGCCCGGGCUGGGCCUGCGCCCUCCUCAGCUACGACGAGCUCAUCCCGCCGGAGGCCUUCGGGCCCAGCGAGCCGGGGGCGGGACCGGCCGGGCCGCCCCCAUUGCUGCCGCGCUGGAAGCGGAGCCGGCGGGAGCUGCUGCAGUGCCUGGAGCGGUUCCUGCAGGCGCUGGUCACCGGGGAGCCUCUGUCCGUCCCCCCCGCCGCCGGGCAGCCGGGCUGGGAGCGGUUCCUGGCCUGCUGCCGCGGGCAGGGGCUGCUCGCCCCGCAGGAACGGCACGGCGGUCCCGAGACACCCGCAGCCACCGCCGGGCCGCUCUACCUGAUCUUGGAUGACAAUUUUUAUUACCAGAGCAUGCGAUACGAGGUGUACCAGCUGGCUCGCAAAUAUUCCUUGAGCUUCUGCCAGUUAUUUUUAGACUGUCCACUUGAAUGCUGCUUGCAGAGAAAUCGUCUAAGAAGUCAUCCAUUACCUGACCAGACAAUAUGUUUAAUGGCAAGAAAAAUAGAAAUGCCAGAUCUCAAGAAAAACGCUUGGGAACAGAACAGCCUCAUUCUGAAAAGUUCUGAUUGCACUUUGGAGGAUGAUGAGCAGAUAAUCAGUUUGCUGGCCACUGCUUUGGAAAAUCCAGUCAAGCAAAAUGAGGAAAACCUUGAGCAAAAGGAAGCAGAUCGAGCAAUCUGUGCGGCGAGUACUGUCCAUCAGGCUGACCAGGUUUGCAGACGCGUCAUCUCUCAGGCAAUGAAGGACGCCAAAGAUAAAAACAUACUCCCAAGUGAGAUGAGGAGUCUGGCAGAAGAACUCAACAAACUCAAAGCAGAAUUUUUGGAAGACUUGCGUCAAGGAAAUAAUUUGAAAAGCCAAACUUGCAGCGUAACUUCUUCAUUUCAAGAUGAGGCAACCAAUGUGGUUAAUAAAUAUAUUUUUAAAUAAUGACAUAGAGAACGUUGGUGAUUUUUAAGAGUCCAGCGUCUUUAAAAUGCAGUACUCCUUCAGCAGUACAGCUGGAAACAGCUGAGAGACACAGCUUCCUUCUCUGGAGGCUUGUGCCACCUCUAACUCCUCUCCCUGU